AUGACCGGCCACCUAACGCCUAGGAGUGAUGUGUAUAGCUUUGGAGUAGUGCUUGUGGAGCUUUUAACGGGCAGAAAGUCGUUAGACAGAACACGGCCAGUUCGCGAACAGAAUCUCACGGAUUGGGCAGUCCCCUUACUAAGAGAAAAGAAGAAAAUGUUCAACAUAGUUGAUCCAAGACUCGGAGGUGAUUAUCCGAGCAAGGGCUUCCAGAAAGCAGCCAUGCUGGCUUAUCACUGCUUAAAUCGUAACCCAAAGGCAAGGCCUCUAAUGAGGGACAUAGUAGAUUCCCUAGAGCCUCUUCAGGUUCCUUUCGAUGUGCCAACCGAUCAGCCGGCUUUGAUUCUUUGUAGUGAGGACUUUAAAUCAUGA